UAUUAAUCUGUUCUUUUUCAGAAAAUGGCUCAGAGAAACACGCCGGCCAAAACAAGGUCGCAGAAGCGCCUCAACUCCUUUAAGAAGAAGAGUGCCGAGUGGGCAAAGGGGAUGAGGCGCAACAGAAAUGUCAGCCAUUUUCUAGAUGACAUUGAGGUCACAAUGGAGAAAAUGAAGGCCCUUGGACUCAGACCCCUUUUAUUUUAUGGGGUCUAUAAUGAUAAAAUGUCAAGAUACGACACAAAGGUCAUCAGCCCGUACAGCAUGUCAAACGAGACAGAAGUAAUGCUGAAAAAAAUGAACAUGCUGUACAAUGUUCUUUUACAAGCAUGGACUCCAGAGGAUGAGGGCAGUAGGCGUGGAGAGAAGAGGAAGGGGAAGAAAGGAAACCAGAGGCCUGUGUCAGGAGUGGAGAGGGCUUCUGCACCUCUGAGUGGAGAGGAGGAGCAUCUGUCCAGCCAUCAUGCAGCAGCAGCACAUUCACUGAGCUACAAUCUCAGCAUCAAGAACCAGAAGAAGGACCCAGCACCAGCAGACUCCAACAGCCUGAAGACACAUCAUCAGCUUCAAGAGAUGUCUGUGAACCUGUACAAGCUGGCCCUGUGGAUCCUGCUGACUGGCCACACCAGCUGA